UUUACUGACAUAUAAGCACACGAGGAUAUCAUGUUUACUAAGAUACUGAUUCAAUAUUGCUAUCAUCAGUAAACAAUUCAACUGUGUUCGUGCUACUGUAUGGCCAAAUACUUUUAUUUCUAUUCAAAAAAAGAAAAAAGAAACAUAUGUUGUGCAAGUAUGUCAAAAGUAUGGAAAACACAUUAAUGAAUUAAAAGAUGAUGUCUUCAGUUAAAGACAAAAGUGUAUGGACAAGUUACACCUUCAAUUGUUUGCAAUUACCUAUUCUUUUGCAGUCCAUUCUUUUGAGUUUUUUUACUGUUAUCUCAUUGAUUUGUAUUCCUUUUAAGUAUAUCCUAUUCUUUGACAUAUCAUUGGAUGUUUUUUCACUAAUUCAAGCAUCAACACUUUUUCUGAAAUGAUAUGUCAAAAAUUUUGUAACAUUUAAUUUACAGGUAUGGAGUGUUUUGGUUUCUGUAAGAUAUCAUGUUGCGUUGCUUAGACGGUGUGAAGCAUUUACUUUCUGCUGUUGUCAAUUCCUGUGAUUCUGAAAUUUAUAAGCAACCCCGAGGAUUAGAAAAUCUUGAAGCUCUUGCAAGGGAGACUGUCUUCAGUGUCAGUGAGAUAGAGGCACUGUAUGAAUUAUUUAAGAAGAUCAGCAGUGCUGUGAUUGAUGAUAGGCUUAUCAACAAGGAAGAGUUUCAACUUGCACUAUUUAAGACAAAUAAAAAGGAGAGCUUGUUUGCUGAUCGGGUAUUUGACUUGUUUGACACAAAGCAAAAUGGGAUAUUAGAUUUUGAGGAGUUUGCACGCUCUCUUUCAGUCUUUCACCCAAAUGCUCCGAUUGAUGAUAAGAUUGAAUGUAACCAUCUUUCUUUUUACUUCUUAUUUCUUCUUUACGCCGUUGUUUCAUGCAUAUACUCCUUGGUUUUGCUUUGCGGUAGAAAACAGUUGAUUCUACAACAGAUGAAGAGCAAAAUAAAGGCUUUUUUAGAGCUGCAUAUGUAA